CAGAGCACUCUGCAGUAUAAGCGAGUAUUCAAUGCAGCUCCUGCUGUUUGCGUUGCUUCCAUUAGCUGGAGGUUUUCCGUAUGCUAAGAAAAAUGAACCGAUCUUCAGGAACUUAAACCAGUAUCCUGGUUUCUUUUAUAUGAAUCGGUCCAACGCAGCACAUCCUGGUCGAUGCGAAAGUGGAUGGACUUAUUACGAUGAGACCGAUGCUUGCUAUAAGAAUUUCUUCAAUAAGCCAUUUCAAGCUGCCGAGAGCCUCUGCAUUAGUUUUGGAGGACAUUUGACUUCUAUUCAUAGUUGGAAGGAAAAUUUAUUUGUAGCCGAUUUGGCAAAAACGGGUUUCACUAUCCCUAAUUGGAAUUGGACAACUUGGAUAGGUCUGCUGGUCUCCGACCCUCUCGUAAUAAGCGAUGUGAUCCUAUGGUAUCAGAAGUGGGUCGACGCUGAGUGCACCAUCAAUAUGCGAUCGUUUGUAUGCAAGAAAGUGGCUUUACACGAUGAGUGA